AUGCGGGAAAUUAGAUUGCCAGAGUACAAUCGAUAUCGGUCACUGAGCGAUGAGCUCAGAGAUCAGAAUCGCCUUCUAGUGCUUGAAGCUGCCAAGAACGCGAUGGAUCAAUUUAGCAAGGAGAUGCUUCGGAUAGGAACGUUGCAAGGGUUCAAACAUUUCAAGUGCUACUUGAGGGGCCGGGAGGAGCUUCUGGUCACCGUCCCCCGCGUUCUCGUGCAGACGGCUGAGGCGACAGAGGCGGAAGCAGCAGCCUCGUACGGCAUCAUCUCUGUCAGCAGCAACGAGCUGUACUCCUCCUCCCCAGCUAAGCGAAUCUCUCCCGAUAACCGCGGACGCGCUCCUGCAAGCCCCGCCGACAAGGAGACCGCGCGAGCAUCUGAACUAGAAUGUGUCUUCCUGAUCGGCGCGUACGUUCGGUACAAGUCGCCCUAUGUUUGGCUUCGCAGCGGCGACUUGGACGGCUACACCACCACCGACAGGGACGUCCCGCUGAAGCUGCAGACGACGACCGACUGGACCAACGCGCAAUCGACUGUGUGGGAGGUGAUCGCUGAGCUAGUUUCAGUCACAACGAAGCCGAAGCCAAGGAACGCGUUCUCAGUCGAUUUCUCGCUUCUCGAGUCGCUGCCUCUCAUGAACAGCAUGCUGGCGAGCGGGGCCCUCGUUCGCAUGCUGCAGGAAAUCAGCAAGAAAUCUUCGGCUGCUCAAGACAAGUUGAUCCUGAACGACCUACAGAGGCUGACCAGCAUGCACUUGAUCUGUUUCACAACAGCUUCUGAACACUUCAGGGAGUGCGAGCAGGAGGGCGAGGGAGUAGCUGACAAGUCAAGAAGGAGAUGA